AUGCUCCUGGAUGGUGCGCCGGUGGCUGUGCUUCCGUGGAAGCAUGUGCUCGUCGUCACCGCGCACCCCGACGACGAGUGCAUGUUUUUCGGCCCGACGCUGCAAGCGCUGUUGGCGCACAACGUGUCCCUUUCGGCCUUGUGCCUCUCGCAAGGGAAUGCCGACGGGCUCGGCGUAAGGAGGCAGGCAGAACUCGUUGCAAGCUACGGGGUGUUGGGCGUGCCGCGGGAAAACGUGACAUGCCUCGACGAUGCGCUCCUUCAGGAUGGCAUGACGACCGUAUGGGACGCCGAUUACAUCUUGACAUUCGAUGCACAUGGCGUAUCGGGCCACCCCAACCACAUGGCAGUCCAUUUCGGCGCAAGGCGCGUGCAAUCGGUCGCAAAGAUACCCCGCCUAGACGUUCUUUCCCUGGAUACACGCAGCGUCGCGAGCAAGUACACCGGCAUCGCCGCCGCGAUGUGGGAUCGCCUGUGGCCCCAGCGCGGGCUGCAGACGCUCGCGCACCCGAUCGAGUAUGGGCGCUCGCUCGCGGCGAUGCGCGAGCACGCGUCGCAGUUGGUGUGGUUUCGCUACAUGCAUGUAAAUGCGGUAUCUAUAGAUCAUUCUUGA